AUGCCAGGUAGCAAUAGUAAGGGUGGAGGGAGGGGUACAUCUUCUUCACCUCUCCCCCAUGCUGUAGUCCUCCCCAGCAGAUCCCUGAGACCCUCUCGCUAUGUUCCAGUGUCAGCAGCCACCUUCUUCCUGGUUGGCUCCACCACGCUCUUCUUCUGCUUUACGUGUCCAUGGCUGUCAGAGCGUUUCUCUCUUGCUGUUCCCAUCUACAAUGGAGUCAUCUUCCUGUUUGUAUUGGCUAACUUCUGCAUGGCCACCUUCAUGGACCCCGGCAUCUUCCCCAGAGCUGAGGAGGAUGAGGACAAGGAGGAUGAUUUUCGUGCUCCCCUCUACAAAACUGUGGAAAUCAGGGGGAUCCAGGUCAGGAUGAAAUGGUGUUCAACAUGCCGGUUCUACAGGCCACCACGAUGCUCUCAUUGCUCCGUCUGUGACAACUGUGUGGAGGAGUUUGACCAUCACUGUCCAUGGGUGAACAACUGCAUCGGCAAGAGGAACUACCGCUACUUCUUCCUCUUCCUGCUGUCUUUGACGGCUCAUAUUAUGGCUGUGUUUGGCUUUGGUCUGCUUUUUAUCCUGUAUCACCGGCAAAACAUCGAUCGCCUGCACGCCAUCAUCACGCUGGCUGUGAUGUGUGUUGCCGGCAUGUUCUUUGUUCCUGUUGCUGGCCUCACUGGCUUCCACGUUGUUCUGGUGGCCAGAGGCAGGACAACCAAUGAGCAGGUCACAGGAAAGUUCAGAGGGGGCGUAAAUCCUUUCACCAAUGGCUGCUGGAAGAAUGUUUCUCAUGUUCUUUGCAGCUCACAGGCACCCAGGUAUCUGAGCAGGAAGAAGAAUGGGCAAAGUGUAUCUGUGCAGCCACCUUUUCUGCAGCUGCAGCUCACAGAGGCCCAUCUGGCCUCUAAGGUUCUGGAUAACGGCAUUCAAGGAGAUCUCCACCGGUCCAAGUCCAGUCUUGAGAUGAUGGAGAGUCAAUCUUGUGAUGUUGAACCUCCGCCUCCUCCUAAACCUGAGCUUCGAUACCCUGGAAUGACCCGGAGAAACCCAGAAGACUGCAGUCUGCUGAACAAAGCACCUCCCACCCCCACUAUGUACAAGUACAGACCCACCUAUAGCCCGGGCAAGAACCACACAACUCUCACACAUGCUUACGCCAACCAGGUAACGCACUCACAGUCUCUAAGGGAGAGUUCACUCGUGUCUAUAGGGGCUGGAGGAGGAGGAGGUGGUGGAGGAGAGAUGGGGGGAGGAGCAAUUCAAGGACCGAAAGAUAAGCCGAUCCUGAUCCAACCUCUAGGUCAGACCAACAGCAGUCAGUCCUCCUCCUCCUCCUGCUCUGCUCCUUCUACUCCCACUCACCAAGUCUCAGCACCGGCCCGACUUGGACGGGCCCAUCUCAACACACCAAUGAUACCGAGCCCCAUCUAUAAGCCUCGGAAUGGCAAGGUGAAGAAGGUGAUGGGGGUUGGAGGCACUACCUACGAAAUCUCAGUGUGAGUGGCAGCUGGAAUCCACUGAGUGGAAGAUUUGGUUUCUGGACCCCACACCUGAUCAACUGUGGGGAUGAACUGACUUUCACAAGUCCUCAGUAACUCUAUCAAAAAACUCUUGUGGAAGUUUUCCAAGUGUAACUUCACUGGGAUUCAUUUAGAUCAAAUUUGACAAGACACUUUUUAUAUCAUUUACUCCCACUCCUCUAGAUCACUGAUCACAAACUAAUGUGAUGGGGAUCAAUCUCAGAGAGUAAAGGUAAAAAAGACUGUAUUCCAGUCCAGGUGAAAGAGUUUUACUCAGUUUAUUGUGGUCAAAGUCGACUCUUUCAUAAAGAGCACCCACCAGUGUAGUGCGGUCGCUAUGGACCAUUAACCAGGGGCAUGAUUGAAGCCACUUGUUGCAUAAUGCAUGAAGUCCACAAUCUGCAUCCCAGACAGUUCCUGGACCCCCCCCCCACACACACACACACCUCAAAUCCUGAUAGGAUUUGAAUCCUAUGUGAACGUGUCAAAGAUCUUUUAUAGACCUGUGUCCAGAAACAAUCACCAGGGAACUUAUUCAUAAUGUUGUUACUUAAUCAGGAGAAACAUGUGACACUUGCCUUUUUUGUUAAUUCAUUCAUAUUACUUGGUGUAAAUAUAAAUUCUCGUUUGUACAGGAUUGCGUGAUUUUUAAAUGUGGAUUUCUUAAAAAUAAUAUUUUUUUUGGCAGACU